AUGUUCUAUGAUCGAGAACAUUCUGGUAUUCGUAGGGACUUGUCGAUCGAUAUCGAGCAUGUCGGUCCGAGCGCUGCUCAGGUAUUCGCUGGAGAAUUCGUUGAGGAUAAGAAGGCAAUGCAAAAAGAACUCGUGCGAGGCUUGGAGGGGCAGGAGCAGGAGAAUAAAGAGCUGCUUGAACGGGAAGCUGCACUCGAACGAGCAUUUGCUGAACUUUCGAAGUUGGACUUCGAGACUAGGCUUGCUAUUGACACUGAAGAGGAGGCGUCGAGGAGAGCUGCGCGACGAGCUCUAGACGAGUAUAAUGCGGAGUUGCAAAGAGGACGGAAGGAGAAACAAAAAAGGGAUUCGCAAUACUCGAAGACAAGCGCGAUGCGGGACAUCGAUUUCCACCUACAUCGAAGCGAGCUGUUGAACGGUGACAUUGGGACGAGUUCUGAUUUCAAGGGUGUUUCUCUUAAGGGAAAGCAGGACGUUCUGGACUCGCAGGCUCAACAGGUUGAACAGAGGAUUAGGAGAGUCACUGAGGAGAAUGACAGGACAGCCCGGGAUGCAGCGCAAGCCGAAGCUCAACGUUUGGAGGCUGUGAGAAUCCAUGAUGAGCAAGAGAAUCAGCGUCGGAGUGCUGCCAAAGCGCUGGUAGAAGAGAAUAUGAGGCUCGCUGAGGAUCAAAACAGAGUGAGGAUGCGAACUGAGGAGACUUACGCCCCGUCUAUAAAGGAAACCUUCUUCGAUCAGUUCGCCAAGUCCGCAUGUCACUGA